AUGAUUUCUUUGCGCAGGAGCAAAAACGGGGGCACAAAGGUACACAGUGUGGUGGGAAAACAGAACAGAAAAAAGAACACCGUUUUGUUUUACCUUCCGUUUUUUAUAAAUGUUACGCAUGGGAAGAGGUACCAAAAAGGGAUUGAAAAUGGUCUCUUUCCCUUUGACCAAAGUGAACUGCUUGAAGGCCCGGUCGAUUUGCCCCCCGAACGGAAGCUUAACUUGGGGCUACGCAAGUACCAGCACAGUAGUUCCCCCCAAGAAGAUGAAGACAAUGACAUACAAACAGAAAUAAACGAAGAUGGAGACGAGCUACAGGACAUUACAAACAAAGCAAAUUUCCCCAGUCCACAAUCACAGAACAUUUAUAUAAAACAUCAGGAGAAUUAUGACAUCCCCCCGUGGCUAGCUGAAAUGAUUAAUGUGUCCAACACAAGCAAACACACAUUGCAAUCGCUAGGUGUUGAAAAUCUCCCCGAUGUUGACGCAUGUAGAGCUGUACAAAAUUUGAAAGAACAAAUGCUGUGCAUACUUGAUGCUCUAGAGGAUAUUAAGCGGGUCUAUCAGGAUGCAAAGGACAUUACCUCUUUAACCGCAAGGGUCUUGGCGGGGGGAAGACUAGCCGUCCGGGCCCUGUCUAGGUUGAAGACUUUGGCAUCCGCCUUUGAAAAUAGGCAGCUCAUGAAGAAGCUUGGGACACCAAUGGCCACACUCAUUAUGCUUCAAAGAGAAUCCACCUCGGACAGGGACAGGUGGCUGUGCGGGUCCAUACUGACCCUGCUGACGGAUCUACCUGUGGUGUCAGACCUCGCUGACAUCAGAACAGGGUCUUACGGACACGUAAAUGUCAUCAUGCCGAGACAAUCUAGGGUUCGAAGCCCAGACAGGCACAUUCUAAAACUGCGAGAAGGAGCCGCGCCGUCCAAUCUAGUUGGAGGAUACACAGCGGGUGAGAGUGAGAGCAGCGUCGCGCCGGGGAAGGAUAAAAUGGGAAACAAAAACAAAAAAAAAAAAAUGGCACUGUUCGCUCUAAAAGAUGCGCAUUUCCCUUUUUUGGAGUUUUACGCAGUUGAUUCGUCCUGCUGA